AUGGACAGUCUCAAGCACAAACGUGCCGCCCGCCGAACGCAGAUCCCAAAGGUGGGCGUUGCUCUCCUUCUAUUCGUCUUGGCUGGAGCCGCUAUGGGCGGCUUUCUCGGAGGUCACGGUGGAGGACAUGGCGGUGGCCACGGUGGUGGAGUUGUCCUACUGAAGGGCGGAUUUGGCGGAGGCUUCGGCGGUGGACUAGGCGGCGGACAUGGCUUUCACGGUGUUCAAGCUCUACAAGGACCCACGUACCUAGUCAAGACAGUUCACCACGUCCACAAGCUUCACGGUGGUGGUGGGCAUCUUGGAGGACACGGAGGAGGCUUCGGUGGCGGAUUCGGCGGCGGCCACAAGGUCGUUCUCCUCGGUGGUCAUGGACACGGCUGGCAUGGACGCUAA